UUAAGUAUGGCAAAUUUUCGACAGCCUUCUGAGUAAUUUUCUAAACUAGGAUAUUAAAAUUAGAUCGGUAAGUCCUACUUGGAAAGAAUUGAAAUUGAAAUUAGCGCGCCAAUAUUGCUCAAUCAAAUCGGAAACUCUUAUCGAUUUCUAUUGGUAAUAGUGACGCGCUAUUACGGAAGUACAGAUAAUAUUCGAAUAAUUUUCUUCCGAUACGUCGCCUCGAUCAAUCACGUCCAUUAGCGGUUUUCCGGCAUAUUCAUCAGACGACGCGGAAAGAUAGAUCGUCAAAAGACGUGUCGGAAGCUCGUCAAUUCUUGGAUUACGAUAUUUUAUAUAUUGCGUCACGUAAAUUAUCCUCUAGAAACACUACGAGUGUCUUGUUUAAUAAAUACAGUGAAAAUCACAUAUAACAAGAAAGGUUCAUAUCUACUUCGUAAGUAGCCAUUUAUCCGUUUAUCUUGCUUUCAUCGAGUGAAUUGUGUGAGAAAUUGGUAUUUAUAUAGAAACUGUGUUGUAGAAUGGAAAAUAUAACGGAAGUAAACGUCGUCUCUGGAAGGGAAACGUCCUUACAACGUGAAGAGCAGUUUGAUUUUCCACAGAUAAGAGUUAAGCAACAAGGUAAUAAAUAUCAAUUAUUAAGAUUUAAUCCUGUGGAUCAAACUUCAGUGGACAAGACCAUAGUAAAAUCAGAAAUAAGCGCAUGUAAUUCAACGAUUGAAUCAAUCGCCAAUAACAUUGAUAGAUAUCUGGAUCACAAAGAACUGAAGAAUGAGCCAUCCCAAAUUUGUGAGGACAAAAUCAUAAGGCAUGAAGGACCGAAUGUUUCUGCGAAAGACAACGAAGAGAAACCUAUCCCUUAUAUAGUAGAGAAAGCAACUAAAGUAAACAGGAGAGUAUCUACCAGGAAAACUAAGAAGGACAAUCAGUUGGCGGAGGAUAAGAAGGAAAGCUUAAAGAAGGCAAAUCCUGCCAAGGUGGUGAAGCGGAGGGCUACCUCACGGAGGACGACCAAGGCUUCAUCGAAACUGCUAGAUGUAACCAAGUUACUCAAACAGGGAGACAAGGAGCUAGUGGGAAACUGCUCGAAAGUAGGGCUAUACAAAGUCAAUUCAGCAGGAUGCUUCAAAUGCACCUUGCCACCGUUCGUAAGACCCGAGACAAAGGUGUGCGACGUCAAGUUCUCGAACCCCGAUGUCGCAAGGCAGCAGGAAUCGAGUCAGUACGAUCCGGAGAACAACGCGGACGUACUGCAGCAUUUGAAUUACAACAAUCUGAAGUACAGGAAUCAUCAGCAGGUGAUACCGGUAGUAAACUCUUGGAUGACAGCGCUGAAAGGCGAUGAGAAUUUCGUGUUGAACAACAGCAUCAACAACGCGCAGACCGAGGCGGGACAGUGCGGCUACCGAGCGACUACCAACGACAAGCAACAUCACGCGUACACCACCGUAGCCGAUUACAGUUGGAAACAGAACGAAAAUCCGCACUACAACUCCUUCGUCAAUUCUACGGACCAUUCCUACAAGCUGCUCGCAGAAAACAAGGUUCACUAUCCGUGCGGCACCGUCUACCGGCCGAGCUGCUUGUGGAACAACAUGUACAUGGAGAAUUUCCCGUGGACGAACGCUGCGUUCCAGCAAGCGGCCGGCAACGUCGCCCCGGGCUACGUUCUGCCGGUCAACUCUUCCGGCAACUUCCUGAAUCCCGCUGCAAUGCCGUUUAAUCACUUUCACUGUUACCAGCCGCUACUCAUGGACGAAAACUUGAAGAAACUGUACUACUCGAGCCUCAACAGCAACGAGUUCCCGGUGAGGAAGGAGAAUACGACGACGCCUCUGUUCGACAACUGGCAUCAACCGAGUGUCUCGAUGAUUCCCAGCAAUAGCAGCUCGAGUAUCCCGACAGCCGCGUGGUACAACGCGGCAUCGCCAUCGGUCUCCCUCGACGCGAGCACCUCGGCGAUUUCCAACGCAGGCAAAGCGGAAUUGAAGCAACAAAGCGCAUACUUCGGCAUCAAUCAUUACAAUGCAGACACGACGAAGGCGAGUGUGUACAAGGAUCACUUCUCUCCGUACGCGAGGCCAGCUCUGGAGAACGCGUUACCCGCGAUCGACACCCACGGAUUGGACCUUUACAAGACUGAUGACGGAUUGACGACGGGUACCUUCGUCCAGCAAAAUAGUACGGCGAUUAAUACGGACAACGGCAUAAUGUCUGACAUGGCGAAUCCUACCUCUGAAACAAACUCGGUUAAUCCGCCGGAAGAAUUACGUACAUCUUGCAUGUACACCAAAGACAAGAAACUGAUAUCGAAAGUACUCGAAUCUAUCUUAUAAGUAUACACUUUUUAACGAUGUUGAAUUUAAUAUUACAAAUUUCAUAUGUUUAGAAACAUAAUAUAAUUUUCUUCGAUACAUACGUUGAGUUUUUAUAUAUCGUUUUAUCAUAUUGUUUUUCUUUCUUUUUUCUUUUUUUAUGAAAACAGAUCUGAGGGCGCUUAUUUGCCUGUCGUCCUCCUUU